GCAGGGGGGUUGGACUAGAUGAUGCUUGGAGAUCCCUUCCAACUCGCCUGGCUCUCGGCUGCCCCUCAAUGGAGACCGCCAAAGGCUGCGAAAAGAACCAGGAAAUCCGGUGCGCGGAGGGAGGCGCAGAGCGACGCGCUCCCUUCGGGGUGGGAGGAUCUUUUCCCAGAGUCCAGAGAGCAGAAGGAGAUCAGCUGCGGGCUUCCUUGCGAUCGACGGGACCUGCUGCUCGCCCUUGCUCUCCCUCCAGCGCGCAGGGGCGUCGGGCACAGGUCAGUGCUGGCAGGCGCUCUGCACACGCUCAGGAACGCCACCCCGUCCGGAUUUGCGGCUUGAUUUCCAGGAAGGAGAGCCUCGGGUUCCUGAGUGCAAAGCCGCAUCAGCAGUUUGCAACGGAGGACAUUAUAAUAGCCCUGUGACUUAGCAGACCGGCUUGCAGCGACCCUGCCAGGGUUUGCAGCUGGUCUGAGUUCACUUCUGAAGGAUUUCAGCGGAGAGGAGAUCUUGGUCGGGGUGUGCAGCAUGAGUCGACUGGGGAGGCUGUUUGGCUUCCUGUGCCUGUGGCUCCCUCACCUGCAGUGCGAAGGGUUCAGCUACACCCAGCCUGAGCAGGUGCACCUGUCCUAUCCAGGAGACCCCAGCACCAUGAUGGUCACCUGGACCACCUUUGGCCCAGCAGAAUCCAUCGUGGAGUUUGGCCCCGAUCCGGGAGAGGCCUUCACUCACUCGGCCAGAGGAGACGCCACGCGGUUCGUGGAUGGCGGGAAGCUCAGGCACACCAUGUUCAUCCACAGGGUCACUCUCCAGGGUCUUGUGCCGGGACAGCGCUAUGCCUACCGCUGUGGAAGUGAGCAGGGCUGGAGCAGGUCCUACGGUUUCUGGGCCUUGCUGAACGGCACCAACUGGAGCCCCCGCUUCGCCAUCUUUGGGGACAUGGGCCUGGAGAACCCCCAGUCCCUGCCUCGACUGCAGCAGGAGGCCGAGAUGGGCUUGUUUGAUGUGGUGCUGCACGUAGGGGAUUUCGCCUACGACUUGGACACGAGCAAUUCCUACGUUGGAGAUGCCUUCAUGAGGAAGAUUGAGCCUGUGGCCGGCUUGGUGCCGUACAUGACUUGCCCUGGGAAUCACGAAGAAAAAUACAACUUCUCCAACUACCGUUUCCGCUUCAACAUGCCCGGUGACACAGAGAGCCUCUGGUACAGCUGGGACAUUGGACCUGCCCACAUAAUUUCCUUCUCCACCGAGGUCUACUUCUUCUUGAAAUAUGGAGAGCAGCUCGUGGCAGAGCAAUUUCAGUGGCUGGAGAAGGACCUGCAGGAGGCGAACCAGCCUGAACGGCGCAAGGAACGUCCCUGGAUCAUUACCAUGGGGCACAGGCCCAUGUACUGCUCCAACAACGACCAGGAUGACUGUACGCUGUACGAGAGCAUUAUCCGCCGAGGCCUCGACCCACAGCAGUUUGGCUUGGAGGACCUGUUCUACAAAUACGGGGUUGACCUGGAGCUGUGGGCCCACGAACACUCCUACGAGAGGCUAUGGCCGGUCUACGACUACAAGGUUUGCAAUGGCAGCACCGAGGCCCCAUACACCAACCCUUGUGCCCCUGUUCAUAUUAUCACUGGAUCAGCUGGCUGCAGAGAGCGACAUGACCCCUUUGUCCCCGACCCACGAGAAUGGAGUGCCGUGCGGAUUGAGGAUUAUGGCUACACACACAUGCAGAUCAUGAACAGGACUCACGUUUGGCUGGAACAAGUGUCGGACGACCAGAAUGGGAAAGUCGUGGACGGGAUUUGGCUGAUCAAAGAACUGCACGGCCCUGAAGCCUGGCACUAGCAGGUCCUUGGUGACCUCCCUGUUCCCUUCCUGGUCUAGAUGGCGUCUGGGGCCUUUGCCUUGUGACAACCAGCUUUCAACGCAGGAAGAAGAGGAAGCCACCAGAGACAUCUCCCCCACGAGUCCCAGAAGCAGCAAGAACACCAGAAGAUCACGCCAGGGGAUUAGGCCAACGGCCCAUCUAUUCCAGCACCCUCUUCUUGCCCCAGAGGGAAUCCUGCAAGAUACCCUCCGAGCACGACAGCACUUUCUCCCUUCCUGUGGCUUCCAGCAACUGGAAUUCAGAAAAGUUGCUGCCUCCAGCUGGGAAGGCAUAGCACAGACACCAUCGUCAUUGAUAGCCCUCAUUUUCAUUGGCUCACCCCAUUAGGUUCUCCUGUUAUGAAAAGUAGCAACUUCUCUUUUGGAUUUGAGCUCAGGAAGGUCACCAAGGCAGCUGAGCCAGUGUGGUGUAGUGGUUAAGAGCGGUGGACUCGUAUUCUGGUGAACCGGGUUCGCUUCCCCGCUCCUCCACAUGCGGCUGCUGGGUGACCUUGGGCCAGUCACACUUCUUUGAAGUCUCUCAGCCCCACUCACCUCACAGAGUGUUUGUUGUGGGGGAGGAAGGGAAAGGAGAAUGUUAGCCGCUUUGAGACUCCUUCGGGUAGUGAUAAAGCGGGAUAUCAAAUCCAAACUCUUCUUCUGUGGGUAGCAGGGCAAGCCAUUAUAAGGGGCGCAGCUUUAUUUUGCAAAUCUCUCCAGUGAGGGGUCUUAAAAUUAUGCUGUGGGGUGUGAGGAAUUCAAAUCUGCUGUGAUUUCUGUGACUGGACAACAUUUAGGCUGGUUAGUCUACGCUGGAUGAAGGAAGCACAUAAACUGCUUUAGGAAAAGCAAAGAAUUUAAAUUUUACCUUCUGAAAAUAACCAUAAUAAUAAUAAUAAUAAUAGAAAAUUAAUAUAUAAGGUAACUGCAAGUACUUGGAAAUCAUUUUUGAUGAUUGCUAUGCAAUUCUUCACACAAUCUGCUUACCAAGCAACACUAAAAAAGGUAAAGGGGCCCCUGACCAUUAGGUCCAGUUGUGACCAACUCUGGGGUUGUGCACUCAUCUCGCUUUAUUGGCCGAGGGAGCCGGCGUACAGCUUCCGGGUCAUGUGGCCAGCAUGACUAAGCUGCUUCUGGCGAACCAGAGCAGUGCACGGAAACGCCCUUUACCCUCCCGCCGGAGCGGUACCUAUUUAUCUACUUGCACUUUGACGUGCUUUUGAACUGCUAGGUUGGCAGGAGUCCAAGCAACACUAAAUAGUAUUAAUUAAACCAAAAUACAUUUGGAGUUCCCAAGCCUGUCCGGGGAGACGGGGGCAUUUGGCAGGCCCCCAGCUGGCUCCAGCCACCGGCCGGCAGCCGGGCGAAGUCCGGUUCUCAGAACAGUAUCAAUCAGCGACUCAAGCCUCAGAAACCUUUAGAGACUGAGCACGUUCUAAUCAGUGGAGUGAAUAACUCUUCACAAUGGAAGUGGUGGACAGAGGCAUAUGUAAGCAUAUUUACAGGCGUUUCUUCAGCAUCAGGACAAAAGAAAAACAUGUCUGUUUCGAGCAAACUGUGGUGGAAUGUAAACAGACAUGUGACAUACAGCAGCUCCACACAUCUGUUUAGGUGGAACGGAACAUCAUAAUCCUAAGAAAGCCAUGUUACAACUUUUUAGCACUCCUCAUUUUUGGAAGUUUAAAAAUGCAAUCCGCCCUACUGUGGGUAGGAUCCUGCUUUGGUGUCUUUCCUGCCCUCUCUGCAUUCUCCUCUUCAGCAACCACAACCUAGGAUUUUUUCUCCCUUCUUCAGUGCAGUCUUUUCCUUCGCUUGCUCCUCAACCAACCGCUCUUCCUCUCUGGAAGCACAAGACCUGAGGCAGGUGUUUGAUUCGCAUCUCUACUCAGAACAUGACUGAGCGGAAAGUGAAAGGAAGUCUUGUCACUACACAGAUUUGCAGGUGAAAUUAAUAUUAUUAAAUGGCAGGUUGGGAAUGACGUGCAGCCGCAAGCUUUUUGAAAGACUUUAGAGCCAUGGGAAUUGCUGUCAUCUACGCAAUAAUCUGGUGUGAAUUGUGUUUUCCUGUAGCACAGGACAGAGGCAAUAUUGUUUUCCCCCCAUGAGAAAGAAAUUACUUGAAUAAAAGUUUGAAAAAAGGGAA